AUGCGUUACGUGGCUGCCUACCUCCUAGCUACCCUCGGGGGCAAAAGCAACCCGUCCAAAGAGGACGUUGAGAAUAUCUUGGAGAGCGUCGGUCUGGACGUUGACGACGAGAAACUGACGAAGGCGAGCCCUAGAGUUGUCGGUGAACUAGAUGGGAAAGACAUCAACGAAGUUAUCAGUGAAGGAAUGGGCAAACUUGCCUCCAUGCCAUCAGGAGGUGCAGUAGCGGCGGUGUCUGCUGGUGGAGGAGGAGAAGGAGGAGCUGCCGCGGAACAGAAGGAAGAAGCCAAGGAGGAGAAGAAGGAAGAGGAGGAAGAUGAGUCAGACGACGACAUGGGCUUCGGACUCUUCGACUAG